CCUGCGCCCGCGCCCGCGCCGACACUUUCAGCCCCGGGCCGCGGCCGCUCAGGUCGGACCCACGCGCAGCGGCCGGAGAUGCAGCGGGGCGCCGCGCUGUGCCUGCGACUGUGGCUCUGCCUGGGGCUCCUAGACGGCCUGGCGAGUGGCUACUCCAUGACCCCCCCAACCUUGAACAUCACAGAGGAGUCACACGUCGUCGACACCGGUGACAGCCUGUCCAUCUCCUGCAGGGGACAGCACCCCCUGGAGUGGGCCUGGCCAGGAGCCCAGGAGGCACCAGCCCCUGGGGACAAGGACAGCGAGGACACGGGGGUGGUGCGAGACUGCGAGGGCACAGAUGCCAGGCCCUACUGCAAGGUGUUGCUGCUGCGUGAGGUGCACGCCAACGACACAGGCAGCUACAUCUGCUACUACAAGUACAUCAAGGCCCGCAUCGAGGGCACCACGGCCGCCAGCUCCUACGUGUUCGUGAGAGACUUCGAGCAGCCAUUCAUCAACAAGCCUGACACGCUCCUGGUCAACAGGAAAGACGCCAUGUGGGUGCCCUGUCUGGUGUCCAUCCCUGGCCUCAACGUCACGCUGCGCUCGCAAAGCUCGGUGCUGUGGCCAGACGGGCAGGAGGUGGUGUGGGAUGACCGGCGGGGCAUGCGGGUGUCCACACCGCUGCUGCGAGAGGCCCUGUACCUGCAGUGCGAGACCACCUGGGGGGACCAGGACUUCCUUUCCAACCCCUUCCUCGUGCACAUCACAGGCAACGAGCUCUAUGACAUCCAGCUGUUGCCCAAGAAGUCGCUGGAGCUGCUGGUAGGGGAGAAGCUGGUCCUGAACUGCACCGUGUGGGCUGAGUUCAACUCGGGUGUCACCUUCGACUGGGACUACCCAGGGAAGCAGGCAGAGCGGGGUAAGUGGGUACCCGAGCGACGCUCCCAGCAGACCCACACAGAGCUCUCCAGCAUCCUGACCAUCCACAACGUCAGCCAGCACGACCUGGGCUCGUACGUGUGCGAGGCCAACAACGGCAUCCAGCGGUUUCGGGAGAGCACCGAGGUCAUUGUGCAUGAAAAGCCCUUCAUCAGCGUCGAGUGGCUCAAAGGACCCAUCCUGGAGGCCACGGCAGGAGACGAGCUGGUGAAGCUGCCUGUGAAGCUGGCGGCGUACCCUCCACCCGAGUUCCAAUGGACCCGCCUGUCCAGAAAUGUGGAGAUGCCACAGGGAGCUGACAGUUUGUCUGGGCUGGGCCUGUGCCAUAUGGCCGUGAGCAAGAAAGCUUCCAGGAGGUACAAGGAUGGAAAGGCACUGUCCGGGCGCCACAGUCCACAUGCCCUAGUGCUCAAGGAGGUGACAGAGGCCAGCACGGGCAUCUACACCCUUGCCUUGUGGAACUCCGCUGCUGGCCUCAGACGCAACAUCAGCCUGGAGCUGGUGGUGAAUGUGCCCCCCCACAUACACGAGAAGGAGGCCUCCUCCCCCAGCAUCUACUCACGCCACAGCCGCCAGGCCCUCACCUGCACAGCCUAUGGCGUGCCCCUGCCCCUCAGCAUCCAUUGGCACUGGCGGCCCUGGACACCCUGCAAGAUGUCUGCCCAGCGUAGUCUCCGGCGGCGGCAGCAGCGAGACCUCAUGCCACAGUGCCGCGACUGGAGGGCAGUGACCACACAGGACGCCGUGAACCCCAUCGAGAGCCUGGACACCUGGACCGAGUUUGUGGAGGGGAAGAAUAAGACCGUGAGCAAGCUGGUGAUCCAGAAUGCCAACGUGUCCGCCAUGUACAAGUGUGUGGUCUCCAACAAGGUGGGCCAGGAUGAGCGGCUUAUCUACUUCUAUGUGACCACCAUCCCCGACGGCUUCAGCAUCGAAUCCAAGCCAUCCGAGGAGCUACUAGAGGGCCAGCCCGUGCUCCUGAGCUGCCAAGCCGACAGCUACAAGUACGAGCAUCUGCGCUGGUACCGCCUCAACCUGUCCACGCUGCACGAUGCGCACGGGAACCCGCUGCUGCUCGACUGCAAGAACGUGCAUCUGUUCGCCACUCCUCUGGCCGCCAGCCUGGAGGAGGUGGCGCCUGGGGCGCGCCACGCCACGCUCAGCCUGAGUAUCCCCCGCGUCGCGCCCGAGCAUGAGGGCCACUAUGUGUGCGAAGUGCAAGACCGGCGCAGCCAUGACAAGCACUGCCAUAAGAAGUACCUGUCGGUGCAGGCCCUGGAAGCCCCUCGGCUCACGCAGAACUUGACCGACCUCCUGGUGAACGUAAGCGACUCCCUGGAGAUGCAGUGCUUGGUGGCCGGAGCGCACGCGCCCAGCAUCGUGUGGUACAAAGACGAGAGGCUGCUGGAGGAAAAGUCUGGAGUCGACUUGGCGGACUCCAACCAGAAGCUUAGCAUCCAGCGCGUGCGCGAGGAGGAUGCGGGACGCUAUCUGUGCAGCGUGUGCAACGCCAAGGGCUGCGUCAACUCCUCCGCCAGCGUGGCCGUGGAAGGCUCUGAAGAUAAGGGCAGCAUGGAGAUCGUGAUCCUUGUCGGUACCGGGGUCAUCGCUGUCUUCUUCUGGGUCCUCCUCCUCCUCAUCUUCUGUAACAUGAGGAGGCCGGCCCACGCAGACAUCAAGACGGGCUACCUGUCCAUCAUCAUGGACCCCGGGGAGGUGCCUCUGGAGGAGCAAUGCGAAUACCUGUCCUACGAUGCCAGCCAGUGGGAGUUCCCCCGAGAGCGGCUGCACCUGGGGAGAGUGCUCGGCUACGGCGCCUUCGGAAAGGUGGUGGAGGCCUCCGCUUUCGGCAUCCACAAGGGCAGCAGCUGUGACACCGUGGCCGUGAAAAUGCUGAAAGAGGGCGCCACAGCCAGCGAGCACCGCGCGCUGAUGUCGGAGCUCAAGAUCCUGAUUCACAUCGGUAACCACCUCAACGUGGUCAACCUCCUGGGGGCGUGCACCAAGCCCAAGGGUCCCCUCAUGGUGAUCGUGGAGUACUGCAAGUACGGCAACCUCUCCAACUUCCUGCGCGCCAAGCGGGAGACCUUCAGCCCCUAUGCAGAGAAGUCUCCCGAGCAGCGCGGACGCUUCCGCGCCAUGGUGGAGCUGGCCAGGCUGGAUCGGAGGCCAGGGAGCAGCGACAGGGUCCUCUUUGCUCGGUUUCCGAAGAACGAGAGCGGAGCGAGGCGGGCUUCUCCAGACCAAGACGCUGAGGACCUGUGGCUGAGCCCGCUGACCAUGGAAGAUCUUGUCUGCUACAGCUUCCAGGUGGCCAGAGGGAUGGAAUUCCUGGCUUCCCGAAAGUGCAUCCACAGAGACCUGGCUGCUCGGAAUAUUCUGCUGUCAGAAAGCGACGUGGUGAAGAUCUGUGACUUUGGCCUUGCCCGGGACAUCUACAAAGACCCUGAUUACGUCCGCAAGGGCAGUGCCCGGCUGCCCCUGAAGUGGAUGGCCCCUGAAAGCAUCUUUGACAAGGUGUACACCACGCAGAGUGACGUGUGGUCCUUUGGGGUGCUGCUCUGGGAGAUCUUCUCUCUGGGGGCCUCCCCAUACCCUGGGGUGCAGAUCAAUGAGGAGUUCUGCCAGCGGCUGAGAGACGGCACGAGGAUGAGGGCCCCGGAGCUGGCCACUCCUGCCAUACGCCGCAUCAUGCUGAGCUGCUGGUCUGGAGACCCCAAGGCGAGACCUGCGUUCUCGGAGCUGGUGGAGAUCCUGGGGGACCUGCUCCAGGGCAGGGGCCUGCAAGAGGAAGAGGAGGCCUGCAUGGCUCCACGUGGCUCUCAGAGCUCAGAAGAGGGCAGCUUCUCGCAGGUGUCUACCGUGGCCCUGCACAUCGCCCAGGCUGACGCUGAGGACAGCCCGCCAAGCCUGCAGCGCCACAGCCUGGCAGCCAGGUAUUACAACUGGGUGUCCUUUCCCGGGUGCCUGGCCAGAGGGACUCAGACCCGUGGUUCCUCCCGGAUGAAGACAUUUGAAGAAUUCCCCAUGACCCCAAUCACCUACAAGGCCUCUGUGGACAACCAGACGGACAGUGGGAUGGUGCUGGCCUCGGAGGAGUUUGAGCAGAUAGAGAGCAGGCAUAGACGAGAAAGCAGCUUCAGCUGUAAAGGACCUGACCAGAGUGUGGAUGUGACCAGGGCGCACCCUGACUCCCAGGGGAGGCGGCGGCGGCCUGACCGGGGGGCCCGAGGAGGUCAGGUGUUUUACAACAGCGAGUAUGGGGAGCUGUCCGAGCCAAGCGAGGAGGACCACUGCUCUCCGUCUGCCCGCGUGUCUUUCUUCACAGACAACAGCUACUAAGCAGCAUCGGACGAGGCCCCCAGCACUCAGGGGUUCAGGCCCAGCAGGGCGGGCAGAGGGCUGGACACCCAGGUUGGGAGCUCAUCUGGUUUAACUCUGGUGGCACAGGAGUGUCCCUCCCUCUCUGCAAGCUUCCCAGCUGGGAAGAGCAGAACUCCAGGCCCAAGACCCCUGGGAUUCUGUCACCACAACUGGCCAGGGCCACGCUCCAGCUGCCCGGGCUCCUCCCCCUGAGAUUCAGACGUCAUUUAGUUCAGCGUCCACAGGUGCUGGCCCCGGGGCCAGCCCUUCCAUGGGAAUGUCUCUGAUGACCUCCUUUCAUCACACUGGGUGGCGGCCUGGUCCCUGUUUUCCCGUGAGGAAUCUGGUCUGGGAGUCACAGUGAUGGAGGUCAAGGCAUACCGGAGCAGAGUCUCCCGAACACCACAUCCUCCACAGGCACACAGCCGUUCUUCCCGCGGAGGCCGGCUGGCCUCACCCGCCCCUUCGCAGUUGAAGGGAGGGGGGCUGUGUUUCCAUCUCAAAGAAACAAGGGAGGAAUUUGCAGGGUCCUCUUCUGGGCCUGACCAAGCAGCUACCUAGCCCCUGGGGUGGCCGCCGGUAUGACAGACCAGUGACACAGGCAGCCUGCACACCUGAGCCUGGGUGUCGAGAGCGCCGCCGGGAUGACAGACCGGUGACACAGGCAGCCUUCGCACCUGAGCCUGGGUGUCGAGAAUCAUUCUGCAGGUCUUUUUCAACAGCUUCGCAGACUGUGUAGCUGCUUUGAAGAAUUUGCUUUCCAAAUUCAGCGUGGAAGGCGCCCAGGGACAGUUACGCUGAGUCUAGAUGACUCUGGCGCCCGCCCCAGGUCAGGGCCAGCAAAGCAGUCAGCGCCUCUGGAGAAGGCCCCCGCUCUCCCACCUGGCCGAGACUCGAAGGAGCCUGGGUCUGGAGCUGCCGGUCUGGUUCUUCCCUUUAGAGCCUGGAUCUGCCACCUGCGGCCCCUCCCAAGCCGUGAACCAGCUCAUGAGAGAUGAGCACCAUGGGAUCCACUCAGGAAGGCUCGGGGCUGGCACAAAGGACCACCCAGCAUUGCCCUGUGCCACCCAGCACUCAGUGGACAUUCUGGGGCCCUGCCUUCGGCCUUUUCCUGGCCUGCGCCUGACAUUAGCACCCUGGCUGGUCAGAAUGCCACCCUCCCAGAGGAGCAGCCAGAGAUCCUCUGAAGGCUGGAGCCAUUCUGCUCAGGACCCCUAUCCCAGCUCAGAGUGCCCAAACACCUCACCAGGAGAAAGACCCACGUCCCCCGUUAAAACCACGGAGACUCACCACCACCCUGACUCCCCAAACCCACCCCACAAGACGCUUGCAGGACAGGCUCCACGCAGCGAGCAGGGGCUCGCUCGGCUGACCCUCCCGUCCCCUCCCCUCCCACCUCCCUUCCCUUCCCACCUCCCCUCCCCUCCCCAUCUCCCCCAGUGGGUGUUACUCCAGGAUACGUUGAACUCAUGUAUAAGGUCAUCUUCAUUGUCCCUGGGACCUCCCCUUCCUCUGCACCUCCUCCAACGUGGGACUGGCCUGUCGGGCUUCCCUAAGAGGAGCCCGAGGCUGUUCUCUGCAGAGGACCAGCCUGCCCGGUGUGCACCUCUCCUCUCUUCUCACUGCCCACCCAGGCAUGUACCCGGAAGAAAACCAACUAUGCCUUUCUAGACCAUGUUCUCAGAAAAGAUUGAAAAUAUUUAACAAGAGAUAAUAAUAAAUCUGAUGCCAGUCUGUG